UUUUCGUCUGUAGAUCUGCUUUUGUUUUCUUCUUCUUUGGAAUUCUCUUCGAAUUAACAGGAUGUCUGGCCGUGGCAAAGGAGGCAAAGGGUUGGGCAAGGGCGGAGCUAAGCGGCACCGGAAGGUUCUCCGGGAUAACAUCCAAGGCAUAACCAAGCCGGCGAUUCGAAGAUUGGCUCGCAGAGGCGGCGUGAAGAGGAUCAGCGGUUUGAUUUACGAGGAAACACGUGGCGUCCUCAAAAUCUUCCUGGAGAACGUCAUCCGUGACGCCGUCACCUAUACUGAGCACGCCAGGCGUAAGACGGUCACCGCCAUGGAUGUCGUCUACGCCCUCAAGCGGCAGGGAAGGACUCUUUACGGUUUCGGUGGUUAAGUUGAUAUUAGGCUGUAAUUAGUUACCUGCUCUGUAAAUCCUUUGCACUGGAUUGUUGUUUUAUGGCUUUUGUUUGGCAAGUAGUGUGAUGAUGUUCUAAUAUCAGUGUCUUCAAUUAGAAUGUAUUAUUGUUUAAAUC